AUGCUCUCAUAAGGCAGCAUAAAAUAGUACGGUCGAAUCGACUGAAGUUCAGUAUCAAAAACAUUACAAAUCUUCCUCAUCACAAGUGCUUGCUGAGAACGGAUCCACGCAAUUACAAACAAUGAAGAAACAAGCGAAAAACCUGCUCCUGGACAAACUGCACCGAGGCGUCGUGUACACCUGCAUGGGACUCACCUUGUACGGAACGUACCUGCUCGGCCACCGGGUCUAUCGUCACUUCACCGUCAUCAAACCGGCUAUUCUGGCGGAAGAAAAGAGAAUGUUAGAAGCCGGUGCGGGGUCGGGUCCGGCCGUAACCCUGGACACUGCUCCCACGCUGAAGACGUAGGAGUAUGGAUCUUCGAACCAUUACGCUGAGUGAGUGUGUGCGCGCGCGAGAUGUGUUGCCGAUAGAAUAAUUUUGUGUUGCUGAUGUAGGGCUUUAGGAGAAUAAAUUACGUAACUAAGGUUCAAAAUACCGUUGAGA